AUGAUUAGUUUCAAAAUUGCCUUUUCAGAUGUAGAUCUUAGUAGGCACGCCCAUGGACCUGCUUUGACGCUGACCAUCCAUCCACCAAAGCGAUAUGAGAUUCAGCAUCAUAUUAGUGUUGACAUAACGAUAUCUUUGCCUUGCGGUAUUCCAAUAGAAAAAUGGCCACGUCGUGAAACAAAACAAGCGUUUAGUGAAUCGCCCAUUAGAGAUGUGGAGAAAACUGGAACCCACCUGGUACCUAAGAAAAAUGAAUUUUGGGCUAUUUCGUACUCAAAAGCGGAAAGGACCCUUUUCUCACGAUUGGACGAGGGAAACGGGUGUAGGAAAAUUGUUUACAAGAUGUUGAAGAAGUACAUGCAAAGUUGUAAAUCAUGUUCGCCAAGCGGACUUCGCGGAUUGUCAUCUCAUAUCUUAAAGACACAGUUACUUUGGUCAUGUGAGCGACAUACGUCUCCAGAGUUCUGGCAUCAUAACAACCGGGAUGUUUGUCUUGUUGAAACAUUGAGAGAUUUGAAGACAACUCUGAAGAGUGGACAUUUAUCAGAUUAUUUUGAUACCGAUGUUGACAUUCUUCAAGGGAAAGAUAAUAGUGUGUGCUUAGAACUUGCAAACUAUGUACGUGAUAAAAAGUGCAAGCUGGAGCAGUAA